CACCGCUAUUUAUGAGUUAGUGGCUGCUGUGACGCCUCGCCGAACGGUUGUGAUAACAACGUUUCAAAUAUGGAAUUCAAUCCCACAGAGCACCAGCAUGUCCGUUACAACCCGUUGAAAGACGAAUGGGUGCUGGUAUCACCACACCGCUGUCAACGACCAUGGAGCGGCCAGACCGAGGCUGCAGUAGACGACCAGCCAUUGGCAGACAACCCACUGCUGCCUGGUGCUGUGAGGGCUAAUGGACAGAAAAACCCUAAUUAUACUUCGACAUACGUGUUCCCCAAUGACUUCCCCGCGCUGCUGGAGCGCGUGCCGGAGCCGGUUGCGCCUGCGCACCCGCUGUUUCAAGCCGCACAGGCGAGAGGCACUUGCAGGGUAAUGUGCUUCCAUCCUGAUUCAUCCAUGACCAUCCCUCUGAUGACUACCGAUGAAAUUCUGGCUGUGAUUGAAGAAUGGGUUAAUCAGCUGAAGGAGCUGGGACGGCGGUACUGUUGGGUGCAGAUCUUCGAGAACAAGGGCGCAGUCAUGGGUUGCUCCAAUCCACAUCCUCACUGCCAGAUAUGGGCUUCUAGCUUCCUGCCUAGCGAGCCGAGGGUUAAGGAUCGAUGCCAGAAGGAAUACUACUCGAAAUUCAGGAAAGCUUUGCUUGUGGAGUAUGUUAAGCAAGAAUUGAUAAAUAAGGAGCGCAUAGUCAUCCAAAACGACGAAUGGGUGGCCCUUGUCCCUUAUUGGGCUGCGUGGCCCUUCGAGACUAUGGUCCUGCCUCUAAACGGGGCCCCCCAGAGACUGACCGACCUGAAUGAGGCCCAGAAGAGGGCCCUGGCUGAUAUUAUGAAGCAACUGAAUACUAAAUACGAUAAUCUUUUCAAAUGCAGCUUUCCUUAUAGUAUGGGGUGGCAUGGUGCGCCGACAGGCCCCAACGCUACUCCAGGCGACUCCCCCCAUUGGCUGCUCCACGCGUUAUACCUGCCACCACUGCUUCGCUCAGCUACCGUGAAGAAAUUUAUGGUUGGAUUCGAAUUAUUAGCACAGCCACAACGCGAUCUGACGCCAGAGCAAGCAGCCGCGAAAUUGAGGGAAUGCGAUCACUUGGUGCACUACAAGAAUGUUAAAUAACGAUCUUUUACAGAAAGAAAUAUGUAAAUUAUAGUUUUGUUAUUGUAUUUUGGGAUAAGUAACCAAAUAAAGUACGGUUUUUGACAAAAAGAAAAU